CAGUCGUUUCAUCGCAGUCGUGCAAUUACAACGAAGGAGAUUACAUCGACACCUCCGUUUUGUCCCGUUUGUGUUACAUUAAACUAAAAAUAACACCAAAAUGACCGAAGAUUACCGAAAUAACCCUUCGAUAGCCAACUUCGUCGAAUAUUUGCGAAUACCGAGCGUUCAACCCAAUGUCAAUUAUGAUGGAUGCGUCGAUUUCCUCAAACGGAAGAGCGUUGAAAUGGGCCUCCAGUUCAAGAUAUACGAGUUGGUGCCUCGGAAACCGAUUGUCGUCCUGACCUGGCUGGGACAGGAACCCGCGCUUCCGGCAAUUCUGCUCAAUUCGCAUAUGGAUGUCGUACCUGUGUUCGAGAACAGCUGGACGUACCCACCUUUUAGUGGGCAUAUCGAUGAAGAUGGAAAAAUUUUCGCUCGCGGCUCCCAAGACAUGAAAUGUGUCGGCAUCCAAUACCUCGAGGCUAUACGAAAAAUAAAGAAUGCUGGGGUUAAUUUAAAACGAACCCUGCACAUAAGCUUCGUACCUGAUGAAGAAAUUGGCGGCCACGACGGCAUGAGGAAAUUUGUUCUCACAGACAGCUUCAGAGCGCUGAACAUUGGCUUCGCUCUGGACGAGGGGAUGGCUAACCCUGGUGAAGAAUUUGUCAUAUUCAACGGAGAAAGAAGCAUUUGGCAAAUCCACGUCAUAUGCACUGGACAGCCUGGUCACGGAUCUCUACUUUUACCAAAUACAGCUGGAGAAAAGCUCAGAUACAUCAUCAACAAGUUCAUGGACUUAAGGGAAGAACAGAAGAAUAUUCUCGAAAGCAAUCCUAAGUUCACGAUUGGAGAUGUAACUACCGUCAACUUGAACCAAGUGUUUGGUGGCAUUCAAUCGAACGUUAUUCCGGAAAAGUUAACCGCUGUUUUUGAUUGCCGUUUAGCUGUUACGGUGAAUCACGAAGAAUUUGAAAACAUGGUUCAACAAUGGUGCAAGGAAGCUGGUGAAGGAGUAACUUAUGAGUUUGAGCAAAAAAAUCCAAACGUUGAGGUCACGAAAACUGACAAUACUAAUCCAUACUGGGUGGCAUUCAAGUCGGUGGCUGAUGAAAUGAAGUUAAAGUUGGACUGCAGAAUAUUCCCAGGAGGUACGGACAGCAGAUACGUUCGUCGAGUGGGCAUACCGGCCAUUGGAUUCUCCCCUAUGAACCACACGCCAAUCCUUCUCCACGACCACGAUGAAUUCCUCCGAGCUGACAUUUUCUUGAGAGGCAUAGAUAUUUACGUAAAAUUGAUACCGGCUGUGGCGAAUGUUUAAAAAUCAAUUAAAAACUUUAAUUAAUUUUAAAAUUCCUUAUCUAAUGACGACAUUUCAAAAAAUGGUUGAUAAUAUUUCAGUCUGAUUUAUGUUUUCAUGUAUAUUAAAAGUAAGUAAUAAUAGAUUGAUUAAAUAGUCGUUAAACAUAUUAUAACAUAAGACAUAUCAAAGAUAUUAUUUUACCGAAUGAAAUCGUAUCCUUCAUAUAUUAUGAUUGUUAAUAUAUGACAUAAUCUUCAA